AUGACAGAAGAAGCUCCUGAUAAUGGAGAAGACAUACCUUUGACCUCAGCAAGCAUAGGUGCCGUGGUCACACCAAAACUUAUUGGGAAGAUCAACUACAAGAUGUUCUCUUGUAUGACAAAUAAAUUUGGUAUCAUCUGCAACAACUGGCCGCUUGAGCAAUUUAGCUGCCCUGGCUCCAUCAACUCUAUGCCUGAACUUGUUGUUCUCAGGUCUGCCUUCGAGUCCGGUGCCACUAGCUUUUGCAAGCUCAGUGCCGAAGAACUGGAAGCAUGGCGCAAGGAACAGUUCGAUCAGCUGGUCACAGAGCGCAACACAAUCGAGCAGAAGACAGCAAAGCCACGGGUGACACCUUUGUCCCCCAUUACCUCACCAUCAGCCGCCUCUACUGAUGACAUGCCAUCAGUAGCAGCUUCUGUUGCGCCACCACCAAUGCUUGCCACCACUAUUUCUGCGCCACCACCAGUGCCUGCUACCACUACUGCUGUGCCAUCAUUGUUGCGCCGCCAUUAG